GCCUUACCAAAUUUUCACGUGCACAAUAUUUCUCUCUCACCAAACAAACAAAUUCUCCCCCUUUAAAAGCACUUCUAUUUUUCUACACACACAAAAAAGAAUCAGAUUCAAAAAUCUCAACCUUCUUUCUCUCUUUGGAUCUAUCCUGAAGCUCUAUAUUUGCCCAAUAGUGCUUGGUGCAUAUUUAUGAAAGCAAAGUAAUUGGGAAUGCAGAGGGAUGGGGCUGUACAACAACGAUUGCCUUUUGGAGGCUUCUAAAUUUCCGUGUGCAUUGAAGUUGAUCUGUUUCAUUCGUAGUGAUCUCGAAUAUGCAGUUCACAGCACACUUGACUUCUCGUCCCAGAUGAACAAUGAAGCCACAACCCUUAAACAUCCCGCAAUGCUGAAGCACAGUCUUGUUGGAGCCGGUUGAGCGCUGCAACAAGGCCCCUCCUGCCUGUUAAAAACGAGUAUCAUAUCAGCAGGAGAAAGUAAUUAAUAGUGGUUACUAGGAUUGUUGGUUCAAAUGGAGAAGAAAGGAAAUGUAGUAAUGCAAAAAUACGAUGUGGGGAGAUUGUUAGGUCAAGGCAAUUUUGCUAAGGUUUAUUAUGGAAGAAAUCUUGAAACGGGAGAGAGUGUAGCCAUCAAGGUAAUUGACAAAGAGAAGGUUCUCAAGGCCGGACUGAUCGAACAGACUAAGAGGGAGAUAUCUGUUAUGGCUUUGAUCGAACACCCAAAUAUUCUAAAGCUAUACGAGGUCAUGGCAACUAAAUCUAAGAUUUACUUAGUCAUUGAACAUGCCAAAGGCGGUGAGCUUUUCAAAAAGUUGGCAAAGGGGAGACUCAAGGAAAAAUUAGCUAGGAAGUGCUUUCAGCAAUUGAUUAGUGCUGUUGAUUGUUGCCAUAGCCGAGAUGUUUAUCACCGUGAUCUGAAACCAGAAAAUGUGCUUCUAGAUGAGAAUGGUAAUCUUAAGGUAUCCGACUUUGGAUUGAGCGCCUUGGCUGAGUGUAAGAGACAGGAUGGCUUACUCCACACAACAUGUGGAACCCCAGCUUAUGUUGCACCUGAGGUGAUUAGCAGAAAAGGAUAUGAUGGCGCCAAAGCUGAUAUCUGGUCUUGUGGGGUGAUUUUGUUUGUUUUGUUGGCCGGUUUUCUUCCAUUCCAAGACUCGAAUCUUAUGGAGAUGUAUAGGAAGAUAAGGCUUGCUGAGUUCAAAUUCCCUAAUUGGUUCCCAUCAGAAGUACGGAAAUUAAUUUCUAGGAUGCUUGAUCCAAACCCUCAUACAAGGAUUUCGAUAGCCAAGAUAAAGGCAAGCUCCUGGUUCAAGAAAAGUUUGGAUUCCAAAAAUGCAGGAACCAAAGUAGAUGAGAAGGAAAAGCUUAGCCUAGAUGCCAACGGUAUUAUUGCAGAUUGUACACAUAACAGUAUCUCUCCCUCCGUGUCAAAGCUAGAGUCGCCUAAACCUACAAGUCUAAAUGCAUUUGAUAUAAUCUCUCUUUCAAGUGGAUUUGACUUGUCUGGUUUAUUCAUAACAAAGGAUCAAAAGGAAGACUUGCAAUUCAUAUCGGUGAAGCCUGCCUCUUCUAUCAUGUCGAAACUUGAGGAAGUUGGCAGGAGUCUAAAUCUGGAAGUAAUGAAGAAAGAAGCUGGAUUUAUGAGAUUAGAGGGAUCGGGUGAGGGUAGAUAUGGGACUUUGUCCAUUGAUGCUGAAAUUUUUGAAAUUACGCCAUCCUUCCACUUGGUUGAGCUGAAAAAGUCAUAUGGCGAUAAGGUGGAGUACAAAAAGAUGCUGAGACAAUUUAUAAGACCUGCUCUGGAGGAAGUUGUUUGGACUUGGCAAGGCGAGCAGCCAAUUAAUAGUUAGUAGAGACACUAAAAAGAGAUUCUAAUCUUCUGACAUUUACUCCGUAAGUUGAUCUUACUUUAGUAUCAGUAAUGAACGUACAACCUGUCUUUUUGGUUCUAGUCGUAAUUGUCAAUUUUCUAUGUAUCAGCCUGUUUUAGGCCACCCGUCUCAACAUUAAUAUAGACAGCUCCUUAUAUUAAAUUUUCAA